CAUUUUCUAUACAAAACCUAUGAAGAUGAAAAUGAAGAGGUUAUUAGUAUGUGUGUUUGUUUUAGUAGAAGUACUAAUGUGUUGUGAGGGUUGUUGGAAGCAAGAGAGAGAUGCUCUUAUUACCCUGAAAUCCCAUUUUGAAAAUGCUACUUAUCCUUGGGAACGCAUCAGUACUAAUUGCUGUAAAUGGGAUGGAGUUGAAUGCAACACCAUCACUGGAAGAGUCACCAAACUCAAUCUUCAAAAUUGGGGUGAUACUCGGCAAGUUAACUACUCUGAUUUUAUAAUCUUCAAUGAUUUGAACACUCUCGACUUGUCAUCAAAUUCAAUAUCCAGUUGUUCAAGAACUCGUCAAGGAUUAAAAAGUUUGGAAGUUCUUAACUUGGGUGUUGGUGUUUUCGAUAAUGCUAUGAGCCUUCUGUCUUGUUUGGAUGGACUUUCAUCUCUUAGGUCUCUAUCAUUUUCUGGAGACCCAUACUACAAAUCUUCAUUACACAUUUUUCAGCCUGUUUUGGAAACAAUUUCGUCAAAGAUGCGGCAUCUGGAGGUCCUUGACUUAAGUUUCAACAAUUUGACAAAUGAAAUACUUCCUUCACUAAGGGGAUUCACAUCUUUGAAGGAACUGAAUUUGCGUAACAUUGGAUUGGACUCAGAUCUUCAUAUGCAAGGAUUAUGCAUUGUAUUGAAGAACCUUGAGAUCCUUGACAUCUCCGACAACAACUUCAGUGACAGUGAUAUUGGAUUUGCUCUUAGUGGACUUUCUUCCCUCAAGAAUUUAAAUUUAGGAGAGAGUCAAAUUAUUCCCAAAACAAUUCAUAAUAUAUCAAAACUGAGAAAUUUGGAGAUACUUGAUUUAAGCGGAAACAACUUCACUGACAUUGAUAUUGGAUCGGCUCUUAGCGGUUCUUCACUCAAGAGUUUAAGAAUAGGCUUUAGUGAAAUUACUCCCAAAGAAAUUCAUAAUAUAUCAGAACUGAGGUCUUUGGAAAUCAUUGAUUUAAGCAGCAACAAUUUAGAAGGAACGCUUGAUAUAAGUGGAUUGUUGACUCUACCGAGGUUGAGGAGUCUUGAUUUGGGUGAUAAUCGAUUGGUGAAUUUCAUUUUUCACAAAGGGUCAAAAACUCUGAGCAAAUUGGAUAUUCUUACGCUAGAUUCGAAUAUGAUAAAUGGAAGCAAUCUACAAGAGUCGUUGUGGGUUUUUCCAUCAGUAAGGAAGCUUAGUUUAUCUCGAAACCAAUUUACCGAAACAAUUCUUGCCGGAGGUUUACGUAGUUUAAGUAACUUGGAAUACUUAGCAUUGGACGGUAGUUCUAAUUUAAGUAACGACUUUUUCAAAAGAAUUGGAGAUUUGCCUUCUUUAAAAGUUUUGUCAGCAAGACAAUGUGGCCUAAAUGGUACUCUUCCUAAUGGAGAUUGGUUUGAGCUUAAGAUGUUGGAAGAGUUAUACCUAUCCGAAAAUGAAAUUGUGGGGAAACUUCCCACAUCUUUUGUUAAUAUGACAUCACUUCGGACUUUAAUGCUUUACAAUAAUCAUUUUAUUGGCAAUUUUGGUCCUAAUCUUGCAAGUCUUGCAUCACUUGAGUAUCUUAAUUUCGAAGGGAACCAAUUUGAAUUUCCAAUCUCAUUCAAAUUAUUUUCGAAUCAUUCGAACCUUAAGUUCAUAUAUGGUAAUGGAAAUAAAGUCAUCUCUGAUUCAGACUCAUCUUUGAAAACACUGGUUCCCAAAUUUCAAUUGCAAGUGCUCCAAUUGUCUUCAGUAACUCAGGCUAAAUCCAUUCCACUUCCAAAAUUUCUUCUUUAUCAAUACAACUUGACUUAUGUGGAUUUCACUAGUUGUAAACUUAGAGGAGAGUUCCCAAAUUGGUUAUUGGAAAACAACACAAAAAUGGAAGAUCUUAUACUUAUGAACUCUUCAUUUAUUGGACACUUUCAGCUUCCCACUCGUCCAUGUCUCAACAUGGUGACAAUUGAUGUAUCUAACAAUGCUAUAUCAGGUCAAAUGUUGAGCAAUAACAUUAGUUCAAUUUUCCCCAAUUUGAAUUAUCUAAAUUUGUCUGGAAAUGCAAUCCAUGGUCCUAUUCCUUAUGAGAUAAGUCACUUAAGCUCUUUAUCUAAAUUGGAUUUGUCUGAUAAUCAAUUGUCUGGUCAAAUUCCCCAUAACUUAUCUGCAGACGGGGGUGAACUCACCUUCUUGAGAUUUUCGAAUAAUAAUCUUCAUGGAUCCAUACCUCUUAUGUUGUCAAUGUCCAAUUCUUUGUUGUACUUGUUGUUGGAUGGUAAUGGUCUUUCUGGUAAAAUUCCAAGUAACUUUUUUAACUCGUCAAAAAUUGAACAUUUGGACUUGAGUAAUAAUAAUUUCAUUGGAAAAAUUCCAAGCCAAGUGAAAAAUAGUACAAACUUGAUUGAGCUUUCAAUGUCCAAUAAUUAUUUUGAAGGUUCUAUUCCAUCUGAUUUGGCAAAACUUGAAGGUAUUUCUUAUCUAGAUCUUUCCCAAAAUAAUUUGUCGGGUUGUGUUCCAUCUUUUGUAAAUUCUUCUGCCACAUUUAUCCAUUUGAGUGACAAUCAUUUAAGUUGUUUGUCCAAAAAUAUGUUUGGAGAAAGGUCUUCUAGCUCCUCAUGUUUGCCUUCUUGGGGAGUAAAAUGUACCAUAGUUACAUUAGAUCUUAGCAACAAUGAAAUAACAAAUGGAAUUCAUGAUCUUAUACACGACCUUCGCAAUACAGGAUUGAACAUCCUACUUUUGAAAGGUAAUCGCUUUAAAGGGAAUAUACCAAAACAAUUAUGCCAUCUAUCAAAUUUAAGCAUACUAGACCUUUCUUUUAACAAUUUUGUUGGAGAAAUACCUAGUUGUUUGGGUAACAUUCCUUUUGAGAAUAAGGAUCCAGAGGCAUUAAGGGAUCAAAUCAAUGGUGUCAUUCAUAUUAGAGCAGAUGAAUUUAUUCGAUUUGGGAAAGAUAAAGAAAAAUUUACUUCAAAAAAAAGAAUAGAAACCUAUACCACAAAUGUCCUUAUUUAUAUGUCUGGGAUUGACUUGUCUCACAAUCAACUAAAUGGAAGCAUUCCAUCUGAGCUUGGAAACUUGACCAGAAUUCUAGCAUUGAACUUGUCCAACAAUUAUUUCUCUGGGAAAAUUCCAACUACAUUCUCCAAUUUGGUGCAAGUGGAGAGUUUAGAUCUUUCUUUCAACAUGUUGAGUGGCCAAAUUCCUCCUCAACUAAGUGGAUUGACUUCCCUUGAAGUAUUCAGUGUUGCACACAACAAUUUAUCAGGCACGACACCAGAAAGGAAAGGGCAAUUUAUUACCUUUGAUGAAAGCAGCUAUGAGGGUAAUCAAUUUUUGUGUGGAUUUCCACUUCCAAAAAGUUGCAAUUCUAGUGGAGAAGCACCUAAUCCAUUACCAAAUGACGUGAACAUGGAUGGAGAUAACGAUAGUUGGAUAGACAUGUAUGUUUUUCGUGUGAGCUUUGUUGUAGCAUACACAUCAAUGUUGUUGGUAAUUGCAAUUGUUCUGUUCAUCAAUCCUUAUUGGAGGAAAUCAUGGUUUUACCAUAUAGGAUUGGUGGGCAUGAAUUGCUACUACUUCUUGAAGGAUAAUCUAUGUUAGUUACUUUUGUAUCAAGAAUGCAUAAUAUGUGAAGUUUCAUGUGAUAAAUAUAUAUUUUGUUUGUUC